CAUGAGGAACUUCAAAGGCGUCAACUUCGCGACCCUGCUGUGCAGCAAGAAGCAGGCCGAGGAGUUGCGGCAUGACUUGAAGGAGUUCCUGUCCAAAUCUGACUUUCCCGGUAACCGUCCCGACGCCGAGAGAAGACAAGUCUGUGAUGCCGUUCUGAGGGCUUGCAACCAGCAGUUGACUGCCAAGCUUGAUUGCCCUGCGCACCUGAAGAGCCUUGUGGACCUGGCAGAGCUGGCCUGUGAUGGCUAUUUGCUGUCCACCCCGCAGCGCCCUCCCCUCUAUCUGGAGCGCAUCCUUUUCAUCUUACUCCGCAACGGCCUGGCUCAGGGGAGCCCAGGCGCCGCCGCGCUGCGCCUUGCCGAGCCUCUGCAUGCCUGCCUGCUGCAGAACUCCCCAGAGGCCGCCCCUCAGGACUAUGCACUCGUGACCCGGGGCAGCUUCUCCCUGCUCUGGAAGGGAGCCGAAGCCGAGGCAGGGCCGCACGCUGCCUUCUCGGCUCGGCUGAGGGCCUUGAGUUUCUUAGUGCUGCUGGAGGAUGACAGCGCCCCUUGCGAGGUCCCUCACUUUGCUUCUCCCACAGCCUGUCGGGUAGUAGCUGCCUAUCAGAUGUUCGAAGCCAGCAGAUGCGGCCUGGACGACGCCGACGCCGACUUCCUCUAUGACUCGCUUUCUAGGCACGUGAUCCAAGUCUUAGUAGGCGAGGCUGGUGGCUCUCCCGGUGCUCUUUCUCCUCAGAGGGCCCUCUGCCUCUUGGAGCUCACCCUGGAGCACUGCCGCCGACUCUGCUGGAGCCACCACUACCACAAGGCUGCCUGCACAGCGGAGGAGGCCCGUGGUCACCUUAGGGACAGCAGUGUGGCUCCCGGCCUCCAGUUAUGUCAGGUGGGGAUCGAGCUGCUGGAAGCUGCGGAGCGAAGACCAGGGGCAGUGGCCCAGCUUCUGAUGGAGGCGUCGGCUGUCCUGGACAGCAGCAUGGAGGCGCCGGCGCCGCCGCUGCGUGCUCUGUAUGACAGCUGCCAGUUCUUCCUCUCGGGCCUGGACAGGGGCAGCAAGAAGCAGUACGGGCUUGAGGGCGUGCUGAACCUGUCUGCCUUUCUUGGGGAAUACUGCCCCCUCGUCCGGCAGCUGCGAGAUGUCUCUGAAUCUUCCUCCAAGCAGCAGCAGCAUUUGGUUCAGAUGCACUUCCAGGCCCUCCACCUCUUCACUGGGAUGGUUUAUGACUUUGCCCAAGGCUGCCAGGUAACUGAGCUGGCCCGGGCAGCGGACAGUUGCAGAUCUGCUGUUGUGUGGAUGCUGGAGUCCUUAGAGGGCCUGUCAGGCGGAGAGCUGGCUGACUGCCUGGGCAUGACUGCCUCUUACGCCAGCAACUUGGCCUACAGCUUUUUCAGCCACAAGCUCUACAAUGAGGCUUGUGCCAUCUCGGAGCUAGUCUGUCAGCAUCUGGGCUUGGCAGAGUCAAGUGCUUGUGCUGAGGUGCCUCCUGAGAAGCUACAUAGGUGUUUCCGGCUGCAUGUGGAGAGUUUGAGGAAACUGGGCAAACAGGCCGAGGGCUGCGCGAUGGUGACCUUGUGGCUGGCAGCUCUGCGACCCCACAGCCCCGAACACAUGGUGGAGCCAGUCACUUUCUGGGUUCGGGUCAAAAUGGAUGCAGCCAGAGCAGGGAACAAGGAGCUACAACUGAAGACCCUGCGUGACAGUCUGAGUGGCUGGGGCCCAGAGACCCAGGUCCUGCUGCUGAGGGAGGAGCUGCAGGCCUACAAGGCCAUACGCGCUGACACCGGGCAGGAGCGCUUCAAUGUCAUCUGCGAUCUGCUGGAGCUCAGCCCUGAAGAGACUGCAGCUGGAGCCUGGGCGCGAGCUGCCCACCUGGUGGAACUGGCUCAGGUUCUCUGUUACCACAGCUUUGCCCAGCAGACGGACUGCUCUGCCUUGGAGGCCGUCCAAGAGGCCCUGCAGCUUCUGGAGUCCGUGAAGCCGGAGGCCUGGGAGCAGGACCGCCUUCGGGACGAUAAAGCGCAGGCCUUGUUAUGGCUCUACAUCUGUACCUUGGAGGCCAAGAUGCAGGAAGGUAUUGAGCGUGACCGGAGAGCCCAGGCCCCCAGUAACUUGGAGGAGUUUGAAGUCAAUGACCUGAGCUAUGAAGACAAAGUGCAGGAGGACCGUUUCCUGUACAGUCGCAUCGCCUUCAACCUGGCUGCCGAUGCAGCUCAGUCCAAAUGCCUGGACCAAGCCCUGGCCCUGUGGAAGGACGUGCUUACAAAGGGCCCAGCCCCGGCCGUGCGGAGUCUCCAGCAGACCGCGGCCUCCCUGCAGAUCCUAGUGGCCCUCUAUCAGUUGGUGGCAAAGCCCCUACAGGCUCUGGAGACCCUGCUGCUCCUUCAGAUUGUGUCUAAGAGGCUACAGGACCACGCAAAGGCAGUCAGCUCUUCCUGCCAGCUGGUCCAGCAACUCCUGAGCCUCGGCUGUCCCAGCUACGCCCAGUUCUACCUGGAAGAGGCAGAAUCAAGCCUGAAGAGUCUGGACCAGACUACUGACGCAUGCCAGCUCCUUUCCCUGACCCGCGCUCUGCUUCGAAGUCAGCUCUGCUGGGCUUGCCAGAAGGUGCCCGAGGGUGUUCCUCUGUUGCUUUCUGUCCUUCGGGAUCCUGCCCUCCAGAAGUCAUCCAAGGCUUGGUACUUGCUGCGUGUCCAGGCCCUGCACACCCUGGCUUUGUACCUGAGCCUCUCAUCCAACGUCCUCCCAAGUGCCCUGCGUGAGGAGCUCUGGGAUCAAGGCUGGCAGACCCCCGAGACAGCGCUCCUCGACGCACACAAGCUUCUCCGCAGCAUCGUCAUCCUUCUGAUGGGCAGCGAUGUGCUCUCUGCUCAGAAAGCAGUGGUGGAGUCAGCCUUUGCGAACUACGGGGAAAAUUUAGUGCAAAAAUGGCAGGUUCUAACACAGGUGCUGAACUGCUCAGAGAAGCUGGUCGGCCGCUAUGGCCGCCUGGGGAACGUGAGCGAAGCCAAGGCUUUUUGCCUGGAGGCUCUGAAACUUACGACCAAGCUGCAGCUACCUCGCCAGUGUGCCCUAUUCCUGGUGCUGAAGGGUGAGCUGGAGCUGGCCCGUGGGGACGCUGACCUCUGUCAGUCGGACUUGCAGCAGGUUCUGUUCCUGCUUGAGUCUUCCACAGAGUUUGAUGCGGUGACCCAGCACCCAGACUCUGUGAAGAAAGUGCAUAUGAAGAAAGGGAAGCACAGGGCUCCUGUGCCCUGUUCCCCACAGCUACCAGAGGAGGAGCCCUUCCUGAGAGGCCCUGCCCUGGAGCUGGUGGCCACUGUGCUCAAGGAGCCGGACCCCGUCCAGCGCUCUGGAAACUCCUCCCCAGUCCUGAAGACCAAGCCACCACCCAAGCCUGGCUUCCUGUCCCACUCCCCGAGCUGUGACUGCUUGCUGUGUGCCAGCCCUGCCCUCUCAGCUGUCUGUCUGCGCUGGGUGCUGGUCACUGCGGGACUGAGGCUGGCCACUGGUCAUAAGGCCCAGGGUCUGGAUCUGCUGCAGGCUGUGCUGAAGGGUUGUCCUGCAGCCACCAAGCGCUUCACACAGAGGCUUGAAGCUCUUCUGAAACACAAGCCACCCUCCUCUUCUGUUCCAAGCCUCUUUGAUGAGAUCACAGCUCAAGUGUACACACACUUGGCACUGGAGUGCCUUAAUCAGACAUCUGAAAAGAGCCUGGAAAAGGUCUUGACUUUGGGGCUGAAGUUUGUGGCGACGCGGCUACAUUUCUUGGAGUUCUGGCGGGCCAGUCUGCUCCUGGUUCAGGCCCUUGCAGAGCUGGCCAGCUUCAGCUGCUGUACUACCCAGCAUUUUGCAAGUACCUGGGGCUGGCAUCCACCCCUGACAAAAAGUCCCACGGUCUUAGAGCCCUCUAAGAUUCAGAGACAAAAAUGCUCUGGACGAAGUCGCAGGCCAAUUGCCUCUGCCCCCCCACACCUGCAAAAUAGUUCUCAGAGCGGUCUGGAAGAGGAAGUGCCGCCUUGUACCCCUAAGCCCCCAGGCCGGGCUAGGCAAGCCGGCCCUCGUGUCCCUUUCACCAUAUUUGAAGAAGCCCACCCUACAAAGAGCAAGGCCGACGUUCCCUUGGCUCCCAGAGUACACAGGAGGGCUCAGACUCGCCUCAAGGUGACCUUCAGUGAUGACAGUGACCUGGAAGACCUUGUCCCAGCUGAACCACAACUUGUAGAGGAACCUAAGAAACGAGGAGCUGCUCCCCGUGGCCGGGGCCAAACUAAGAGGGGCCCGCGCUUGAAGACAGACGCGGCAGUGGCCCCUGGACAUUCCAGUCUCAGUGGGGUCAGUGGGAGGAGUCGGCGGGCCACGAAGGUGGCAUCCAAACCUUGUAAAGGAGAGAGACCCAAGACAUCCGUCUGUACCCGGGCCAGCGCGGGACCCGAGAUCAUGAGAACUAUCCCUGAAGAGAGUCUCGGAGAGGGCAACCAGCUGGAGAUGAGCUUUGAGACUCUCAGGGGUUCCGAUGGCGAAGACUCCGCCUCAGAUGAGAAGGCGUCAGCCGCAGGCCCUGGUCCACGCAUAGGAGAGUGUGAGGUGCUGAGGCGGGACUCCAGCAAGGCAGAGCUACCUGUCCUGUACCCGGACAAGGAGGCUGACAGUGCCCCUAGUCCUUGGCUCCAGCCCCUUUCAGCCCCUGGACCCAUUGACCUUUCCACCCUGGAUUCCAUCUCAGACUCACUGAGUAUUGCCUUCCGUGGUGUCAGCCACUGUCCUCCAAGUGGCCUCUACGCCCACCUCUGCCGCUUCUUGGCUUUGUGCCUGGGGCACCGGGACCCCUAUGCCACCGCAUUCUUUGUUGCCGAGUCUGUCUCCAUCACCUGCCGUCACCAGCUGCUCACCCACCUGCACCGACAGCUCAGCAAGGCCCAGAAGCAGCAAGGAUCACCUACACUAGCAGAGCACCUGCAGAGGCUGGCCCUGAAGGAGAGUCCCGGCAGUGUCCCCCUGGCCCGCAUCCAGCGCCUCUUUGCCUUCAGGACUCCGGGAUCUGGCUACUUCCCCCAGGCGGAGAAGGACAGUUUCCGGGAGCACCUAUCUCUCAUCCCCAGUGGGGUGACUGUCUGUGUGUUGGCCCUGGCCACCCUCCAGCCUGGAACCCUGAGCAACACUCUGCUACUGACCCGACUGGAAAAGGACAACCCCCCAGUUACUGUGAAGAUCCCCACUGCCCAAAAUAAGCUCCCGCUGAGCUCCGUGCUGAAAGAGUUUGAUGCCAUCCAGAAGGACCAGAAAGAAAACAGCAGCUGCACCGAGAAACGAGCGUGGUGGACGGGGAGGCUGGCACUAGAUGAAAGGAUGGAGGAACUCAUCACCUCCCUGGAGGAACAUGUGCUGGGCUGCUGGCGGACACUGCUGCUGCCAUGCAGCGCGGGCCCUGGCCCUGCCCAGGAGGCCUCGCGGCUACAGGGGCUGCUGCAGGAGUGUGGCUGGGAGUACCCUGACUCCACGCUCCUGAAAGUCAUCCUUAGUGCUGCCAGAACUCUUACCAGCCAGGAUGUUGAGGCCUUGGCAUAUGGACUGUGCCCCGCCCAGCCCGAGCGUGCCCGGGCGCUCCUGGGUGAGGCGGUAGGACAAGCACAGAGCCAGGUGGCCCCUCAACACCAGCAUCUGGUUCUAGUGUUAGACAAGGACCUGCAGAAGCUGCCGUGGGAGAGCAUGCCCACCCUGCGGUCCCUGCCCGUCACCCGGCUGCCCUCCGUCCACUUCCUGCUCAGUUACUCUGUCUCCAAGGAGGCCGGGGCCUCAUCAGUGCUGAGCCAAGGUGUGGACCCACGGAAUGCCUUCUACGUGCUAAACCCUCACAGUAACCUGUCAAGCACGGAGGAGAGGUUUCGAGCCAGCUUCAGCAGUGAAGCUGGCUGGAAGGGAGUGGUUGGGGAAGUGCCAAGCCUUGAGCAGGUGCAGGCCGCCCUGACAGAGCGCGAUUUAUACAUCUAUGCAGGGCAUGGCGCUGGUGCCCGCUUCCUGGAUGGGCAGGCGGUCCUGCGGCUGAACUGCCGGGCAGUGGCCCUGCUGUUCGGCUGCAGCAGUGCAGCGCUCGCAGUGCACGGAAACCUGGAGGGGGCCGGGAUUGUGCUCAAGUACAUCAUGGCUGGCUGCCCCUUGUUCCUAGGUAAUCUCUGGGAUGUGACUGACCGUGACAUUGACCGUUACACGGAGGCUUUGCUCCAGGGCUGGCUUGGUGCAGGCCCAGGGGCCCCGCUCCUCUGCUAUGUCAGCCAGGCCCGACAGGCUCCUCGACUGAAGUAUCUCAUCGGCGCUGCACCCGUAGCCUAUGGCCUGCCUGUCUCUCUGCAAACACCCUGAAGCUGUCUUAUCUGUGGUAGAAGCCGAGUGGCUAUCUAUCUCCAAACUUAGUUUUAACUAUUUAGAAUUUUAAAGUGAUUUUUUUCCCCUGGUGUUUUGUAUAAAAUGUUUCCUUUUUAAUGUGACCUUAAUAAAGAGAUU